GUGCUCUCUCAUCUGAUAUAACACGGAGAAAGAGAGCCAAAAGCAAACACACCUUAUAGAGUGCAUGUGCACACGCGCAAAUACUGAACAGCCUCACACACACACACACACACAUGCACACAGAGGCGUAUCUCAUUACCAUCUUCAUGAUAGUGCAGCCAGUGGGUGUUGCUAGAGGAGGAGGAGGGGAGGAGAGCAGGGCAGCAGUGAGCUUCAGAGAGGGAGAGAGUCGGCGUUACAGAGCGCAGACACUCAACCAGAGAAUAGGAGAUACGCGUGGGAACAGCAGCACGCCGGACACAGCAGGGUGUGCAAAGCAAACGCGUGGGUCUGUAUCUGUGUGUGUGUGUGUGUGUGUGUGUGUGUCUGUGUGUGUGCGUGCGUGUGUGUGUGUGAGCUCACAGCGUUUCAAACGGUUCCCCCGGAGGCCGUGCACAGCCAUGGCGUCGGAGCCCAGCGCCCAGUCCAGGGUGAUGUUCCAGUCGGCGGACAAAACAGAGGAGCCGGCGCACCGCAAGCUGGGCAAGCUGACCGUCAAAUACAACCGCAAGGACCUGCAGAGGAGGCUGGACAUCGAGGAGUGGAUCGACGGGCAGCUGCACCUGCUGUUCGACUGCGAGGAGGAAGAGAUUCCAGAGCUGGAGAUCGACAUAGACGAGCUCCUGGAGCUGACAGACGAGGGACAGAGAAUCCGUCUGCAGGAGCUUUUGCAUGAAUGCGGAAAGCCAAAAGAGGACUUUAUCAACGGGCUGCUCUACAGGAUAAAAGGUCUACGCAAGAUGUCGGGUUCUUUGAAGAAAUGAUUACAGGUCAGACAAAGGCAUGAGACAAUGUGGAGCCUCUUACCCGGCCAUCUCUCCAUCUCCAUGCAUCAAGUGUACCAUGUGAGUGGGACUCCUCCUGUCCUCUGCCCCCCCCCCCCCUCACCCGUCUCGGGUCAGCAUAGGUCUUAACUCCCGAGCAGUCGGCUUUUGAAUGGACUUAUAAAAUUAUUUCACUUGAAUUGCCCGGCUGCUAUAACAUGUUGUCUCCCAUUAACGCACAUGUGGUAAAAGUUGUACUAUUACUCCGAGGGACUGCCUUUUUGUGUAAGGCUGUACAUUUUCGGUUGCCUAUUUGAUGUACAUAAAUAUUUUUGUUCCGAUAACAGUGUCUCGAGUCAAAAUAAAAUGGAACAUUUUCAAGA